AUGCCGUGGUCUAUGCUGCGUGCCAAAGGGGCCUUGCAGACAGCUCUGGGAAGGACAGCAGGCUGUGGCAGGGUUUACGGUGAUGGCGUAACAAGAGGUCAACAUGGAAAUGGACCCUACAUCUCCAUGCACUUUGCCUCUGCUGCUGUCCCAGCAAACAGCAGGAGUUUCUCCAAGCCCCCAGGAACCAGCGAGCUCACGCUGCAAGAGCUUAACAGGAGGCUGGCUUUAUACAUGGACCAGGUCCAUUCCUUGGAGGAAGCCAAUGAGAAGCUGGAGAAGCAGAUCCAGGAACUGCUGGACAGGAAGUGUCCCAGUGACCUCAGGGAGCUGGACAGACAUCUGAAGACUGUUGACAUGCUGCAGGCACAGAUCAGUGACUGUCUGUCGGACCAGGCCCAGGUGAAGCUGGAGUUGGUCAAUGCAGAAUUGGACGUCUUUGAUCUCAAUGUCAAGUGUGAGCAGGUACAGAAGCAGCAGAAAUGCUGGGAGGCAGACCUGAGGGAUGCGAAGCUAAUAAAGGAGGAGCUGAGCCUCCAUAGACUACCUGAUCUCCAUCUUCUUCUGGCCUCCCACACAGAGGAGCUCAACAGGCUCCACAGACAACACCAGCAGGAUGUAAAGGAGCGCUUGGCCCAUUUGUCAUGGGGAUUUGCUGUGGAAAUGCAGUGCACUGAGUCAUCCAGUCUGAAUCAGCAGCUGGAGGAUCUCAGGCAGAAUUGCAUAACGCUGGUCACAGAGAGCCAGACCAACACCAUUGACUGGUUCAACACCAAGGUGUCGGCACUAAGUUCUAAGGAUGAGCUGUGUUCUUCAUCAGUGUCAAAGGUCAGCCAAGCUGAGUUUAGUGAGCUGCAGAAGACCAGAGUCAGCUUGGAGCAGAAGCUGGUCCAGUUUCAGUCCCAGAAUAUGUUACUAGAGAACAUGGAGGUGGAGCUAAGAGAGGGUUACAGGAGACAGCUGAUUGGUCUGCAACAGAGAGCAGGCGCUUUGGGGGAGGAGCUAGACUCAGUGCUUCAGGCUGUGGGCCAACGGUCUUCAGAGCAUCAGGCCCUGCUGAACAUCAAGACCAGACUAGAGACAGAAAUAGAAGACUACAGGAAGCUGCUGAAUGGACAAAGCCACAGCUACCAGUCCUCGUGUCCAGCACUGGCUGACCACAGGGGUAGGGGGCAUGGCUGAUGACCUUAAUGACCAAGAUGACAUAAUUUGCCUGUGAGUGGAUGAAAAGCUGGAUAGAUACUGCUGUUACACGACAACAUAUAAUUUUGUGAUUAAUAUUUCCCCAAACACACACGAAAACAAUAGUCGAAACAAGUUGCACCAGGCUCAACAAACCACAUGCCUUGAAGUUGUUAAAUCAUUUGUUAGUAUCAGUAAUGGGGUUGUGUCAUUGUUUAUCUAGUUCUUACUUGGCAUUAUACACUGACAAAAAUGUGAUGUGAAUCUGUUCCCUUCUAAAAUCUGUAAUGUUGAGUUUGGUCCAAGGUCAUGUUCUUAACAAGCCCGAUAUAUGACCCCCCCUUCCUCUCCCCAAUAAUAUCCGGCCAAUUACCCCACUCUUCCAAGCCAUCCCAGUCACUGCUCCAUCCCCUCUGCCGAUCUGGGGAGGGCUGCAGACUACUACAUGCCUCCUCCGACACGUGGAGUUGCCAGCCGCUUCUUUUCACCUGACAAUGAGGAGUUCAACCAGGGAGAUGUAGCACAUGGGAGGGUCACGCUAUUCCCCCCAGUUCCCCCUCCUCCCUGGACAGGCCCCCCGACUGACCAGAGGGGGCAGUAGUGCAGUGACCAGAACACAUACCCACAUCAGUCUUCCCACCUGUGGACACUUGUGUGUCUGUGACAAUUGUGUCUGCAGGGAUGCCCGACUAAGCUGAUAGUAACACGGGGAUUCAAACCCUCGAUCCCCAUGUUGGUAGGCAACGGACUAGACUGCCAUGCCACCCGGACGCCCCACCCCAUUUAUGAUUUAAUGUUGGUCUGUAACAAAAACCAAAUUAUCUACUUGUGAGUUAAAAUCCUGAUGAACCAUGAUCUGGAGAUUGGCUUUUGAAGUUCGCUUAGAGGGAAAGUUCAUGGUCUCAAAUUAAAACACAAGUGGGACUUCCUUCCAGUGUAGUACUACUAGUAUUACUGGGACUUCCUUCCAGUAAUGGUAAUUAAAUGGCUCUCCAUUAAUUAGCUAUAUAAUUUGUGAUUUAGGUUUAUAUGGAUAAAUGUGACUUGACUUGACAACAGCUGUUUGAUUUGGAACCUUUUGAAAUGUCAUAGCUUGGAGUUGGACCUUUCAAGGUCACACAAGGUCGAAUGUCAUGGUGCCAAAUAAAGAUGAUGUAGAACUUACUAUCAUUCAAAAUGCUUGUAAAAUAACCAGCGGGACACAUCAGCAGUUUCUUUGUUGACUCUUUCAUCCAGUUUUCUGUGAUUGUAAUAGAACCGAGAAUAAAUAAUUUUCCAUGGCUGUGUGGGGGUGGUAGCAUGGUUGGUUAGCUUUUUAACAAGGGUGCUUUCAGAAUGUGUUUUCUUAGUUUGAGAACGAAAUUGUCACAUGAGAAUCUUGUUCUGUGUUUUAGAAUGCUGCUGGCCAUUUCUUGUUCUUAGUCCCAAAAACAGAGUUUCAUUUAAAUCGCAUCUGAUUAAAAUCAUCAACUUUUGUAAAGGUUGACAGAAAGGGUAAGUAGGGUUUCUAAGUAUCCACCAUCAGAAAUCCAAAUAUUUCUGAUGGGUCCCAUUCAACAUUAUCUGAAUCUAUACAGCUACAAAUGCCUUUCAAUGAAUGUACAUUACACUUUUAAGUAACACCUAACUGAAAUACAGAUUCAUGCAUGUUUGAUGCCACCUGUGUGUUAAGCUAUGAACAAUCAUUUUAAGUAAAAUUUUUCUGUGUUUGCAAUUAAUAAGAGGUUCUGGGAAUUGUGAUUAAAGUGAAGUAUAGGCAACUGGUGAUGCUAACGUACAGUAACUGCAUAACCAUGUACUAUGUGUACUCAAAACACCUCUGUGCAGAUUAAAAUACAUCUCAAUACAUAGGACUAAUCAAUACCCAAUUUCCCCUCGGGGAUGAAUAAAGUAUUCUGAUUCUGAUUGUAAAGGACAAAUGUUACCAUCUCAAUUGCUUUAAAAUGAAUAUUUUAAUGACAACAUUUGAAAUGAAAUGACUUCAAAUUAAAUCAAAUGUUUUGUCUUUUCAUUCUGUGGUUGACUGUUUUUGACCAUUUUUGUCUAUGGUUUAGAAGAAAUUAACUGAAAAUGGGGGAAAAAACUCUCUUAUUGGUGUUUUCUGGUAAUGUUGAGUUAUGUUUCUUGUUUUGGAAAGUGAGCAUUUCACCAAGUUAAAUCCCUUGGGUUGCAUUUGUAAAUUUCUUUGGUGAACAAUAAAUUGAUUA